UGUGAAAAACACAGUGAAACUCCCAUCUCGGCGUUCAGGACAACGUUCAUUGUCGAAGGAACGUCGAAGCGAGAGUAUUCACGUUGCUUCCCAUCGAACGUUGGCACAAACCGUUCGCGGUGAGAACAUCAUUCAAGCUUGCAUCAAUUCCCUUCUGCACCAAUGAUGUUGGUCUUCGGAGUAUUAUCUCUUCUUUUCCUGGCCGUGUCCGGAGAAUACUGUUAUACCGACAUUGAAAGUGCCUGCAGCACCAAUCCCAAAAAUGGUGGAUUAAUAUCAAACUGUAAUGCCAAAUAUGGAGCUAUCGAUACUCUUCAGGCUGAGCUGCAGGCAUACGCAAACGCUAAUAUCGAAACAAGUUUUGAAUUUCUUCUGAUGUCUACGCAUUUCGGAAAUUACGAAGCAAAUCGAGACGGAUUUAAGGGACUUUAUCGCAAACUUUCAGAUAAAUCGUGGGAAGAAGCGAUAGACUUGAUCAAAUAUAUCGCACAUCGUGGUGGCAGGAUGGAUCUCAAUCAGCUCCCACGUUCCAAGAAACCUAUCAAGGAUAGCAAAGUAUUGGAAUUAACUGAAUUGAAUAGUCUGGCUAAAGCACUUGACAGUCAGAAGCAACUUGCCGAAGAAGCGUUACGUAUUCAUACUCAAGCACAGCAUCAUGCUAAACAAGAUGCAGCUGUUGCUCAUUACAUUGAGGAACAUUUCAUGGAAUCGUUGUCCGAACGUGUGAGACGUCUAGCAGGUUAUUCAAAUGACCUUAAAAAUAUGCUUGAAGAGCGUGAUGCAUCCCUUUCCGUAUUUCUAUUUGAUGAGUAUCUUAAGAGCACUUUAUAAGAGGACCUGUCCACAGUUAUAACUUAGAGAAUACAUAUAUUUCAAUUAUAUGUAUAUUAUUACUAUUUUUGUCUUUAUAUCUCUAAUGUUAGAUCUUUCGUAUGUAAAAUACAUGAAAUAAAGGCAUAGAAAUUUA